GAAACUUUUGCUCGGAUAAAAAACCUGCUGCUGUUAAUUGGAUCGAGGGGCGUGGAAAAUCUGUUGUUUGUGAAGCAGUCAUCACUGAAGAGGUGGUUAAGAAGGUGCUGAAAACCACAGUGCCUGGCCUUGUAGAACUUAACAUGCUUAAGAACCUUACUGGUUCAACUAUUGUUGGUUCUCUUGGUACAGUGGGAGGAGGGACGCAACUAGCGUCACAAUCCCCAUGCUUGAACCUGCUUGGAGCAAAGGGUGCAAGUUUGAAGUCACCAGGGUCAAAUGCUCGGCUUCUAGCAACCGUAGUGGCUGGUUCGAUGUUAGCCGGGGAGCUGUCUUUAAUGUCGGCCAUAGCAGAAGGUCAGCUAGUAAAGAGCCACAUGAAAUACAACAGAUCAACCAGGGAUAUGGCAGCAAUUGCAGGUUCAAAAUCAUAGUUAUAGAUAAGUGAAGC